AUGUUGAGCCUUUUGGACAGACCUAUAGAGGGAAAAACCAUAUACUCCUUUGGAAAGGUUGAGAGUAGGCUUGGAAGUGGGAGAUACAAGGUGGUAUUCAAGGAGAGGAGCAUCAUCAUGGCCACCGAGAAGCAGCUGGAUAUAGGGUCAUGGGUACGUAUGUAUGGAAUGUUUAGGUCUGGGAUUCUGAGGACAAUCUUUGUUGGCGGACUGAGUGGAGUCGACAUAAACGUUCUUGAGAGGGCCAUUGAAUAUGUAAAGCAGCAUCUUUAA